AUGUCAAAGAUGCCCGGCGCACAGGCCAAGACCGUCGCGCCCUACGGCACCUGGGACUCGCCCAUCUCCACAGACAGCCUCGCACAGAAGCGCAUCAGCUUCGGCGACCUCAUCGUCGUCCCAGCCAACGACGACAAACCCGACGACCAACCCGAACUCAUCUUUGUCGAAAACAGGCCACAGGAAAGGGGCAGGGCAGCCCUCGUACACACCACAGGCGGCGGUUCCAUCGACGGCGCCCGCGACCUCACUGCGGGCAACCACAACGCCCGCUCCGGCGUCCACGAGUACGGCGGCGGCGCCGCAGCCCGUCUCGCAGACGGCUCCUUCCUCUUCACAGACUACAACCCCAAAUCCUUCGACGUACUCAGAACCAGCCUCGACACCCAGCCGCACGUCGUCACCCCAGAAAACGCCGCUCACCGCUUUGCCGACUUUGGAUCGCACCCGACCGACCCCAACCUGGCGCUCGCAAUCCUCGAAGACCACACCAUCGAUGAACCCAGCAAGGUCAUCAACAGCCUCGUGUGCAUCGACCUGUCAACCACGCCCGCCACCAUCCACACACUGCGCGCCGGAAGGCAGGGUUCCCGCGACGCUACGACGAAGCCCGACGACGGCUCCGACCGCGACUUUUACACCUUCCCACGCUUCUCGCCAAACGGGAGGUACGUCGCCUGGAUCUCGUGGCUCCAUCCAAGCAUGCCCUGGUGGGGAACCGAGCUCUGGAUCGCCCACUUUCACCGGGACGGUGACGGCGCGCCCACGCUCUCCCACGCCCAAUCGGUCCGCGUCGGGCCCCAGGGCAAGGACGAGGCCCUGCAGCAGCCGGUCUGGGCGAUUCCCCGCGAUCCGCUGCAGAAGUCCUCGGAUCUGCUCUUCACCAGCGACGCCACCAACUUCAGCAACCUCUACAGCGUCCACGUCGACGGUGGCGAAGGCGACGAGGCUCAGCAGCGACUCAGCGUGUCCGAACCCAAGGCCAUUCUGCCCGAGCCCGUCAAGAGAGACUUCAGCCCGCCUUGCUGGACCCUCAACAACUCGUCCUUCGUGCCACUGACCCCCGACCUCCUGGUAGUCACCCUGACAAAGGGCGCCAAGGACGCCAUCGGCCUCAUCAACCUCCGCAAGCCCCGCGUCAUCCAGCUCGACAGUCCCUUUGUCGCCGUCUCGCAGCUGCGUCGCUUGACCGCCACGUCCUUCGCUCUGGUCGUCACGCGCGACGACGAGCCCUCGACGCUGGUCACGGUCGACCUGCGCGGUCUUGCGGCCAGCGGCUACAAGGUGACCGACAGCAACAUCCGGGUCAUCAAGAGGAGCAGCGACAUUGUCUUCGACGGCACAAUCUCGAAGGACCUUCUCAGCGUUGGCGAGGAGAUCGAGUUCCCGACCGAGCUGCCGGACGGUACGCCCUCAACCUCGCACGCCGUCAUCUUCCCGCCCAAGAACCCGCGCUACACGGCACCUGCGGGCACCAGCCCACCGUGCAUCUUCACCAUCCACGGCGGCCCGACGAGCUCGGCACACUCCGGUCUCGCACUGGCAAACCAGUUCUGGACGUCGCGCGGCUGGAUGGUGUGCUCUGUCAACUACGGAGGCAGCACCGGCUACGGGCGCGACUUCAUGGACCGACUCUCGGGUCAGUGGGGCGUCGUCGACGUGCAGGACUGCAUCUCUGCAGCCGAAUACCUCGGAUCCCCCGCGAGCGGCAGCAGCAAGCGUUUCAGCGAACUGUCGGCUGCCGAGGCCGAUGCGGUCCGCAGGCAGCUCAAGCAGGCACGUCGGGACCGAGCGUCUCUGACCGAGACCAAGACGAGCAAUGGCUCGACGCAGGUCACUCUGCGAAACACGGCUAGCACAUGGAGCUGGAUCGAUCUGCUGGUCGCUGCAGGUGUGGCAACCUCCUUUGCGACUUCGCUGAUCUCGCCGCUCGGUCGUCAGGUGGCUGCGGGCGGCGCGCUGGUAUGGCUGUGGAACAAGCUGCGCCGCGUCGACAGCCAGACCCUCACCGUGAUCCCAUCCGUCGGGCUGCAGAUCUCCACCACCCGAGGUCUCUCGCUGCCGUUUGCCCCGAGCCUACGCCUCUUCACGACCAAGAGCAGCCGCCUGAUCCCACGCGACAGGAUCCUAGACGUCUACGUGGGCGAAGGGUUCCGACGCUGGUCCGUCAUCGACUACCUUGCCCUCGUCGAAAAGGAUGGCAGGAGAGACGACGUCGAGAAGCCGGGCACAAGGGCCGGGAAAGUCGUCGACCUCUUUUCAGAACUCUCGCCGAGGCUCUCGGUCGUCGAAAAAGUCUAUCGGACCAUCUACCCGGCCCUCUUUGGCCAACAGGGCAAGGGUCUGGCAGAGUCGUCGUCGUCGUCGUCCAAGGGCAGGAAGAAGCGGCUGCCGCUGGCCGAUCCGAACGCCAUUGUCAUCUCGGGUGGAUCCGCCGGCGGCUACACUGUGCUCCUCUCGCUCUGCCUGUCGCGGAUCUUCUCGUCGGGCACAUCGCGGUACGGCGUGGGCGACCUGAAGCUGCUCGCGGCCGACUCGCACAAGUUUGAGUCGCAGUAUCCGUUCAAGCUGAUCGGAGGUACGCCAGACGAGGUGCCGGACGUGUACAGGGACAGGUCGCCCAUCUACCUCGCCGACCGGAUCGAGGCGCCGCUCCUGGUCCAGCAGGGCACCGAGGACAAGGUCGUACCGCCCAACCAGAGCGAGGUCAUUGUCGACAGCAUCAGAAAGCGGGGCGGAAGGGUCGAGUACCUCUUGUUCCAAGGCGAGGGCCACGGCUUCCGAUCCGCCGACAACCAGAAGAAAUCGCUGCAGGCCGAGCUGGACUGGUACAACGACGUCUUGCACCUCUCCCCCACCCAGGGCCAGUAG